UUGAAAUUGCAAAUCGAUUUAUAAUUAAAUUCAUUCAUAAAUUAAAUCUUUUUUAAAACCCUAAAGCUAUUAUAUCGCAGCAACAAUGCCGCAAGUGAGGAUUAUAGCGAAAAAUUUUAUGGACAUGGUAGCCUCUCUGACCGCCAGGGACCUCGAAAAGCUCUACGACAAUCCCUUCAUUUGCGAAGCCAUUCUCAGGUCACUGCCCCCUCUCGCAAAGAAGUAUGUAUUAGAAAUGUUGUAUAUGGAUUCUGCGUUACCCGCGAAGUCGGUGGAGGAAUGGGUACUGUCAGAUGGGUUCACUAAGCACAGAGUUUCCAUUGAUCGGUUGGUUCAGUUGAGAAUAUUUACAGAGGAAAAGAAGAAGGAAACCAGUUACAAAUUAAAUCCAACUUUCCAGGCUAACCUUCAAAAGCAUUUGAUAUAUGGUGGAGCUUUGCCAAGGGAACCAAUGCCUUCAAAUGUUACUGUGAGGCUCCCAAGCUUGGAGGAACUUGAGGCCUAUGCCCUUGGACAGUGGGAGUGUUUCUUGCUGCAACUUAUUAGUUCCUCACAAGCUGAAAAGGCAACAAAUUUCAGCUCUUCCAUGAUGAAGGUUUUUCAGCGAGGACUUUUAACUCAAAGGGAUAAAGAAUCCCCAAGAUUAACCGAGAGCGGUUUUCAAUUUUUGCUGAUGGAUACCAAUGCGCAGCUCUGGUACAUUGUUAGAGAAUAUAUCACCAAUUCUCAGGAUCGAGGUGUCAGUCAAGCAGAUUUAAUUUCAUUUCUUCUAGAGCUUAGUUUUCAUGUUGCUGGUGAGGCAUAUAAUAUAAAUACGCUGAGUGAUCCACAAAGGAAUAUGAUCAAGGACUUUGCUGACUUGGGAUUGGUCAAACUUCAGCAGGGCAGGAAAGACAGUUGGUUUAUACCUACUAAAUUAGCUACCAAUCUUUCAGUGAGCUUAACAGAGUCAUCAUCACGGAAAGAGGGAUUUGUUGUUGUAGAAACAAACUUCAGGAUGUAUGCUUACUCAACAUCUAAGUUACACUGUGAAAUUUUGCGCCUUUUCUCAAGGAUAGAGUAUCAACUUCCAAACCUUAUAGUUGGAGCAAUAACAAAGGAAAGUUUAUAUAAUGCUUUCGAGAAUGGCAUCACGGCAGAGCAAAUAAUUUCUUUUCUUCAGCAGAAUGCACAUCCUCGGGUUGCUGAGAGAAUUCCAUCAGUACCCGAGAAUGUUUGCGAUCAGAUGAGAUUGUGGGAAUCAGAUCUGAAUAGGGUAGAGAUGACUCUCGCUUAUUUCUAUGAUGAAUUUCCUUCAAGGGACAUCUUUGAAGCUGCUUGUGAAUAUGCACGAGAGCGUGGUAGUUUGCUAUGGGAGGAUUCAAAGAGAAUGCGUCUAUCAAUCAAGGCUGAGAUUCACAUGAAUAUGCGAGAGUUCCUUCGGGCUCAAAACAAUUAGAAAAGAUUUAUUCGUGUCCUGACAAUGCAAAACUCGGUGAAGAAAGGGAGGUAACAAAAUUCAGAGUUUUUCUUGCUGGCGUGAUCUUUUGUUCGUAGAUUAUAGGCGAACUGUCAAAGGUAUGCUUUCAGAAUUGUUGAAAAGAAUACAGGAAAAAGGUCAAAAGACUCGAUUCUUCACUGCAAUUAGACAGGUGACAUAUCUUCUUUGUGAGGGGAUGUAGAAACUCGAUUCAAGAGUGAAAUAAGAAAUAUUAAACCAUCCACACGGAUAGAAAAUGUAGAAAUAGAAAGAACGGAGGAAGAUAAAUCUACAGUCGGUGUAAAAUCAUGAAGCAGAAGCACCGGAAAAGAAAGGUGGAAAUUGAUUUUGAAAGCAUUUAUAGCUGAAGUUAUUGUUAAAAUUUUGUACCAAAUUGUUUUGUAGUCUAUAUGUUUUUCCCCUGUUUAUUGAUGAGUUUAAGCAUUUCCUACUUUUUUGACUUAAAAAUGAGACACAAAUUUAAUGAUUCCAAAGUCUUUUCAGCUUAAAAGCUCUUUGGUAGAAUCUUCAUUAAAUUGAAAUUGAUGGCUAAUUUAACCGAGUUGCUUACACUUGCAUAUAAGUGAAUUUGAUACUCCCUCAAUUUACAAUU